AUGCAUUGGUCAUUAAUUGGAUUGAUGGUUGUUGUGGGAGUUGAAGGAUGUCUGAAUCUUGGUGGUGGAGGUGGUGGUUGUGGCGGUGGAGGUGGUGGAUGUCCACCGCCGCCCUGUGCUCCUCCUCCUCCUCCAUGUGGUGGUGGUGGCGGUGGCUGUGGAGGAGGUUGUGGAAGAAAGAAAAGAUCCGUCGAUUUACCCGACUUCCUCGAACUCUCGGGAACGUCGAGUGAUUCUCUCUGUAAUAGCCCGCGACUCAGAAAUAUUCUUAAUCAAAACAUGACUGCUGACAUUUCUGCCACAAAGACAGCUCUGGCAAUGGCAGCAGAAGCACUCGGAGAGAAAUUUGUUGUUGUUUGCUCGCAAGGUUCUCUCUCUUUUGCCACAACGCAAGAAACCGAGCUUUGUGGAGCGAAUCGAGAAGGGAUUUUCUGCGAAAUUUUCUCUCAU